GGAGAUCAGUCAAGCCAUGUCAACUCUCAGCUAAAGGGAUUUGCUGUGAGAUUGACCGUGUUUAGACGCAACGUGGAGUUGUUUACUAAUUUUGACAGCCCUCGCCGGUUAAAAACUACUGAAUUCCUGCACACUUUUGACUGUGUGCCUGAAGGAAGAAAUGGGAAAGCCGAAGAAAAAGAGUGAUCUCAGCAGAGCUGAGCUGAUGAUGAUGACCAUUGCUGAUGUUAUCAAGCAGCUGGUCGAAGCCCACGAAGAGGGCAAAGACAUCAAUCUCAACAAAGUGAAGACUAAGACUUCAGCAAAAUAUGGACUCGAAGCCCAGCCUCGAUUGGUCGACAUCAUUGCUGCCGUUCCACAACACUACCGCCGUGCUCUGGUGCCCAAACUAAAGGCCAAACCCAUCCGCACUGCCAGCGGGAUCGCAGUGGUGGCUGUGAUGUGCAAACCGCAUCGAUGUCCCCACAUCAGCUUCACAGGAAACAUCUGUGUCUACUGUCCCGGUGGACCAGACUCAGACUUUGAGUACUCCACACAGUCUUACACCGGCUACGAGCCAACGUCCAUGAGAGCAAUCAGAGCACGUUACGACCCCUACCUUCAGACCAGACACCGGGUGGAGCAGCUGAAGCAGCUGGGUCACAGCGUGGACAAGGUGGAGUUUAUCGUGAUGGGCGGGACCUUCAUGGCUCUGCCCGAGGAGUACAGGGACUACUUCAUCAGGAACCUGCACGACGCUCUGUCAGGACACACCUCCAACAAUGUGGCCGAGGCCGUCAGGUACUCUGAGCGCAGUAACACCAAGUGUGUGGGGAUCACCAUCGAGACACGGCCCGACUACUGCCUGAAGAGACACCUCAGCGACAUGCUGGGCUACGGCUGCACCCGUCUGGAGAUAGGAGUCCAGAGUGUGUAUGAAGACGUGGCCCGAGACACCAACAGAGGCCACACGGUGCGAGCCGUGUGCGAGUCUUUCCACCUCUCAAAGGACGCCGGCUUCAAGGUGGUCGCCCACAUGAUGCCGGAUCUGCCCAACGUGGGCAUGGAGAGGGACGUGGAACAGUUUAUUGAGUUUUUCGAGAAUCCAGCGUUCAGGCCCGACGGUUUGAAGCUGUACCCGACGCUGGUGAUCCGAGGCACGGGCCUGUACGAGCUGUGGAAGACGGGCCGCUACAAGAGCUACACGCCCAGUGCCCUGGUGGACCUGGUGGCCCGCAUCCUGGCGCUGGUGCCGCCCUGGACGCGAGUCUACCGGGUGCAGAGAGACAUCCCCAUGCCGCUGGUGAGCUCCGGAGUGGAGCACGGCAACCUGAGAGAGUUGGCACUGGCCCGGAUGAAGGACAUGGGCACUGAGUGUCGAGACGUGAGAACACGAGAGGUGGGCAUUCAGGAGAUCCACCACAAAGUCCGACCUUAUCAGGUGGAGCUGGUGAGGAGGGACUACGUGGCCAACGGCGGCUGGGAGACCUUCCUCUCCUACGAGGACCCGGAGCAGGACAUCCUGAUCGGCCUGCUGCGCCUCCGACGCUGCUCCCCGCAGUCCUUCCGCCCGGAGCUAAAAGGAGGCACGUCCAUCGUCCGCGAGCUGCACGUUUACGGCAGCGUCGUCCCCGUCAGCAGCCGGGACCCCAGCAAGUUCCAACACCAGGGUUUUGGUAUGAUGCUGAUGGAGGAGGCAGAGAGGAUUGCCAGAGAUGAACAUGGCUCCAGCAAAUUGGCUGUUAUCUCAGGCGUAGGAACAAGGAACUACUACAGGAAGAUGGGCUACGAGUUGGAGGGGCCGUACAUGUUGAAGGACCUCUACGGACCUGGAAGCGACUGAACCUGGACAGUGUUUUUAUGUUGGACAGUGGAGACAGACGCACACGCACACAUUAUCGUAUUUAUCAAGACAAUAUUCCAGGGGAACCCGUGCUGCAGUGUGUUUAAGCGAAACUCGUUUUGUUCUUUUAACGUCAGUGGAGAUAAUGGUUGGGGGUGCUUUUUUUUUUUUUUUUUUUUAUCUGGUACACACCGGCUCCUGCUGCUGCAUCUCCUUAGCUUUAUUUUGAUAAGGAGGGAUAAGAGGGUGCGAGGAGGAAAGUUAUUUGGAAGGAAGCCAGAGCAUCUUGUGGACUUCAGGAGUUCAAUUUGAGAUGCAAACAUUGUUCACUGCAGUAAAUUAAAGGUCAAUGUGAGUCUGCUAAACCGUCUACCUGACAGGAAAUGAGAACAAUCCAGUUGUUUUUUAAUUCUACUCAAAUGUUCCACGUGUCUGGUAAAAAAACAUCCGAAAGUCUGGGUGUCCCUUAAAUAGUCCCUGUGUGUUUGUCCAGGAUUAGCAACCCGUUUAGCAUCAUGGUUUGAGUUAAUCAUGUUUGUGCUGCCAUUCAAUAGAAAACCCCAUUACCAGUGGAGCGUUGGUUAAUGGCUGGCGGUGGAUGAAUGGACUGUGGGAGGUGUCCUCGCUGGGCAGACGUUGUGUAAUUGCGCCAUUUUGAAUUAUAGGACAGGAUAUUGAAUUUGAGCGUUACAUAAAUUGCUUUUUAAGCCGCCGACAGUUAAUCCUAUUACUGAGUGUUUCUGCCGCGCAUUCCUGGGGCUUCAUGUAUUCUAGUAUAUUCUAGAUGUUGAACAAAUCACUUGACUGUUUUUUGUUUUUUUUCUCAAGGAAUAAAGUCUAUUUCAGUU